UUGAAAGUGACUCCCACGUAGCCUACUCUUCUAUAAUAUUAUAUAUUCUCUGCCUUCUCUCUCUUUUCUUUUCUCUAAAUAAAUCUAAUCAGAAUCUUCACCAGUUAAUCAGCUUUGAGUAGAUAAGACUGGUGGAUGUGUCAUCUCUUUUAUUCAACCUUCAAUUUUGUUAUUAUUCCUCUCCCGGCAUUGAGGAAAUACUUUGUUGUUGAAGCUUUGAAUAUUAACAGACCAUCAUCUGCAGAUGGGGUCUGAAGGUCCUUCAGCAGCAGUAACAACAGUUCAUGUAACAGGUUUCAAAAAAUUCCAUGGAGUUUCAGAGAAUCCUACAGAGACAAUUGCCAAUAAUUUGACGGAGUAUUUGAACAAGAAGGGUUUGCCAAAAGGCUUAGUUAUUGGAGGCUGCAACAUUCUUGAGACUGCUGGUCAAGGAGCACUUGUUCCUCUCUACCAGACAUUGCAGUCUGCCAUUACUUCCAAGGACACUGAAUCUUCAAGUUCCAACAAAGUUAUAUGGAUCAAGAUUCAUACCUCUCCAUGAACUUCCAGGUGAAUUACUUACAAAUUAAAAACAAAAUAAAAAAUGAGACAAGAUCAUUAGCAUGGUAAAUAGCUAUGAUCCUGUUUGGACAAUUUUUUCCAUACACACUUGUAGAAGUCUACUAAGCUAAAAUUAACUUAUGUACUUAACUUAUAUAGAUGUUGUCUCAUUUGACUUCUCCAAAAGUUCAAGUGUACAAGUUGAUAUUAGUUUAUAAGAGAAGCUCAAUUCAUUUUACUUACUUAUGUUCUUCUCUUAGAAGAGUUUAAGAAGAAAUUUAUCUGAAUAAAGCUUAAAUUCAAGACUAUUCAGUCUUAUUCCUUGUACUCCAACCUACACUAGUUCAAUUUGCAGUAACUACGGACAAAGCUAAUAUUUUCUAUUAACUUAGAACAAGCAAUGUUGCACGUAGACAGUGGCACAGAUAAUCUUCCUCUAUUACUCUCUCAAGGUCUUCUUGUUAAAAGCUAUUAUGCAAUCAUUGGUGUCUUAGUAUUCAAACCAACUGGAUCUAUAUUCAAAUAUGAUCAUAAAUUUAGGAUUUGACUAUUGGGAUUUGGCUCCAUUAAAGUGAGCGAAGAUAAAAUAAAUAAUCUUAGUCUAGGUAAUGAGAAAAUCAACAAUUGAUAUUUUAACACAUUUGUGAUUUGUUUUAUAUAUAAACAUAAUAACAGCAGUUGAUUUUUUUAUGAACUACUAACUUAUUUUAUCUUCUAAACUGAACAACGUACUUAAAAGAAUCUGAAUCGAUACAAUUAAGCGUUAACAGUGAUUAAAAAUCACUGGACUAUGAAGUAUGAACUGAAAUUUCUUGGAAAAGUUUAGUACAGAGCUAAAACGAAACUUUGAUUGGACUUCUUUCUUAGUACCUUAACACUAAUACUAAGCUGAACUAGAAAGGAUAAUAGUGAAAGGUGGAUGGUCUUUAGAUCAUCGCUGAGGCAUUUUUACCCUCAGAAAGAAUGGUGAGAGUACCCAAUAUGCAAAGACUUUUUCUUGGUUGGAUUCAGCUAUCUAUUUUUUCAUUUUACAUCCAUAAAUCUAACAUUUUGGAUGUUUCUAAUU